AUGACGCUCUGGGUUGUCCCGAUCACCCGAAGAGCAAAAACUGCUGUAAACAAGCUCUGCCUCACCCUUGGGUACCGUGAUGGAGCCCAGGACUUCAUCCGCACCUUCGCGCGCACCCAAGACCAAGCGGACUCGCAGGGGAGCAGCAAAAUCACGACUGGGAUGCGCACGGUGCAAAGCCAGGCGGAAUGCAAAAACUGCACCAAGCUUGGUUCCAAGUGCCCUGGGUUUGAGGCAAAGUUGCGCUGGUCAAGGAAGCAUGAGCGGGCCAGAACAACGUCACACCCAGAAGUGACAACCUCGGAACAAGACCGAAGCCGACUUCCUCCCAGCACAAGCCAAGCGAUUGAAAUGAUGUUGUCGACGGAAUUACCAACUAAUGUAGACGUCGCGAUGAAUGAAUUUGCCGAUAUAUCUAUCGACCCUAACCUGAGUUGGCUGACUGAAGGCCCGUCAACAUGGGAACCUACAGAAUUUGGCGGGGAUACGCAACACAUCGAUGAUACUGCCUGGGACUCAUUGCAUGAUGGCGAGCUUAUUCCAACAUCCUCAUUGCAGUAUGACUUGUCUUGCCCAUCUAACCAAGGAAUCCCAAAAGCGCCCGUUCACUUGCCAACCACCUUAAUUGAGCAUUGGUUCCGUUUCAUUUGUCCAAUGCGAUCUACAUUUGACUCUGAGAUUAAUUACAACCGUCAAUUGGCCUGGAGCUCAUGGAGUACAUCUGAGACUGUCUUCUAUAUGAUGCAAGUUAUGUCGGCGGCCUGCCUGAUGACUACCAUGCCACAGCUGAGGGACACAUUACCAUCAUUAAAGCAGCAAGCAACUUUAGCUAUCAAUCACGCUAUAUCCCAGGUUCGGGCGUCUUUGCCAACCAAAGUGACUUCUGAUCUGGUCUUUGCCGUGUUUGGAUUGGGCACUUCGUCACAUUGGAUCGUCACUACUUUCCCAGCUCAGCAACCUUGGCUAGAAUCGGCCCGCGAGUUACUCUUCAUGUGGAAGUUGAACCUUGCUCCGGGCGAUGCCUUGAUCCAUGCCUACUUUUGCCAGGCACUCACGUACUGGGAGAUGCUCGUCGCCGCAAUAGGUCGCGGCUCAAUGCCAGUCAAAGUCGACCAGAGGCGGAAAAAGUACCAUAGCAGGCUUCGAAAAGCAAUGAACCUGCAGACAACUGUUUCCGACGCCAUGUGCGAAGUUGAAACUUGCUACGAUUCGGGCCCAAAUCCCUUCGGGACUCGGCCCAAUUCAUGGUGCGGCCUCUCCAACGAGGUGAUUAGUGUCUUUGGACAAGUGUUGGCUCUAUGCCGCAGCGUGUGCUAUCGAGACAAGAAGAACGUCACGUUGACACUUGAAACAACAAGCAAUGCGUUGUGCGAUAUAUCGGUUGCACUCGAGCUGCAGAGAGAGCUGUUGGCUAUGGAUUUCAAGACUCUCGUCCUUUUGGAAGAGGCACAAGGAUACUCCGUGGAGACGAGAGACAAUAAGACACCCCUUUCUCAUCUAUUUCAGACAGCAGAGGCGUAUCGCCAAGCCGCACUGCUCCAGCUUUACUUGACUUUCCACGAUCUUGAUACCAAACAUAAAGAGGGGCAGGAUAAUUCACUUCUUGCCAACACAUCACCUGAUAACGCCGUCAAUGUGACAUCUGGAGACAAGACAUAUCGUGCAAGGUUUCUCGCCAGUUUCACCUUGCAACUUGUGGCCAUACUUGAGAAGAUUCCGGCUGAGUCAGGCUCCAAAUUCAUCCAUCCCAUGCUGUAUCUCUCUGCAGCCGCCGGACUCAGAUUUAGUCACUUGGGAUCGCAAGACGGCUCGAGGGUCGAGAACUGGGCUUCAUUUGAUCUUACCCAGUCGGCAUCCUGUCUUCUUCCAGAUUUAUCUCUAGAUACAACAAACCCAGCACUCGCUUCAUAUGCGUCCAUUCCGCAAUUAGCUCUUGAGUUAUCUCAGGCAAGAUGUCUUGUCUGGGCCAGGCUUGGCAACAUUCAACAAGCGCUACCAUACAGAGCUAGCGAUAGUAUAUGUCAGCUUGUCAAGACUAUUUGGUCAGAAUACGACAACUCUCAGCCAGGCAGUACCGACAUACAUUGGCUCGAGGUUUUGAGAAGGACAGGGCUAGAAAUGCCUGGAUAG